CAGCCCGAACACUGGAGGAGCAAAACUCAGCAUCUUCUCACUCAGCAUCCUCUAGUCCACGCCAACAACUGCAGUCAUGAAUGUAGGUAUCUGUGUGUGUGUUCUCCUGGCUGCUUUGUCCAGUGGUUCCCUGAGUUUGCCCUCACAGUCCAUGAGAGCUGAGGGUGAGGCUCCCGUGUCAGACAGUCUGCUGCCUCCCCCCUCCCCCCACCACACACGGCAGGCCCGCUCGGCUCCAGCGCUCCCCUCAGGCCACCUAGCCAACUUCAACCAACCCCAGGAGGACGGAGACGCUCGGAACAGCCUGAGCCAGCUACUGGCCAGACUCAUCUCCAGUAAAAGCUCUCCCUACCACACCAGGUCUUCCGUCAGCAGCAGAGCCAGCGGUCUAGCCCCCGGCCACAGGAUAAAGGACAGAGAUUACCUCGGCUGGAUGGACUUUGGUCGACGCAGCGCAGAGGAGUAUGAAUACACCUCCUAAAGGCAUGGCUUGCUUUCGCCAAAACCUAAAUUACAACCCCCCCCCCCCUCCAUCGCCGCCUCUAAAAGCCCCUAAAAAUAAUGAGCCCUUUUCACACUGCACUUACUGUAACCAAGAGCUGACUUGACUGGAUUCUAGAAUGAGUUUAGCAUCAUAAUAUAAGCAGAGAGAGGGGAAAUAUUUCAAAGGGCAUACCCUGCAAUCUGUGGACGCUGAAUCUCCAUGCUCAAGUUAAGAGCACUUUCCAAACCGCUCCCCGAACACUAUGUCAGAAUUGUAUAUAUAUAUAUGCACAUAUGUUGAAUGAAAAUAUUCUAUAUGUUGUUGUCAGGAAAUUCUGUGAAAAAAAUAAAAAAAACAACCACUCAAACAGGAGAAAACACAGUGCAGCAGCGUGACUCAUUGAUAGGUUUUAAUAGUUUUUGGCCAACAAUGGAGGUCUGUGGUUGAAAGUUGGAGGUUAGUAUUGGUGUUUUCAUAGGAUUUGUUGACAAUAAGAAAAAUAUAGAAUAGCUUUUAAAACAGCUCAGCAGACUGGCUCUUAGGUCUUUGGGUCUCUGGGGUUUGACUUUAAACAUCAGUGUCAGAAAGGAGUUUAUUGCCACAGAAGUGACCCUACUUGGAAUUUGCCUUGGUGAUUGGUGCAUACAUCCACAAACAAACAUAUUAAACAUUACUAAGAAUAAACAAUAAAUACAGAAACAGAGACAAAUAUAUACAAAAUAGCUGUUUAAGUAGUUGUAUAGUAAAAGACUAUCACGCGGAACUUGUUCCUUUAGAUAUACAUUUAAGCACUAUUCUCAGUGUCUUAGGACUCAAAGGUAUGUCAACCAAAGUGUUGUUAACGUGUCUCAUUUAGUUGACAAUUUAGAAUGUAUCAAAGAGCCUUAUAUUGGACUUUAAUGAGCCACUUAGGCGUCUUUGGAAAAUUGGACCAAAAGUGGGAUUUAAGUCUGGAGCUUUGAUUCGUACCUUAAUGCAUUAAGCAUCCCAGAGCUUCAGUUCACUUCAACUUUACACAAGUGCACCAGAAAAAGUGUGAUACAUUACAUUAAUUUAGGCCUACCUGUAUGGAGUCAGUAAGGUUGUCUCUAAAUUGGAAGAAAAGGGGCUUAAAAAGCACCAACCCUGCCUGCUGAAGGUAACCCUGGGCUAAAAAUGUGCAGUGUGAAAAGCACAAGAUACGUCUCAGAAAGCGCAAGGUGUUGUCUACUGUAUAUAAGAUCAUUGGGAGGCUCCCUAUCAUUGCAUAAUGGACCUCGGUGGAGGAAAUCGUAAUAACAAGUACUGUAGAUAUGAAGAGAAGAGUCUGUUGUUCUUAAUGAAAGAUUAUGUAUGUAUGCGCUCUUGAAGGUUAAGUCUCCGUGAUGAAUAAUGUGUUUCUACCAACUUUCAGAUUCAAUCAAAUUCAAAAUAAAGCUCCAUUUUCCUCUGAGGUCAGCAAGAAAUAAAAAUGCCUUUGUUUGGGAUUAUGAUGUUAUUAUGUUUCAAGCACAGUUGGUGGCCUUUCAUCUACCCUCUGCCUGCCACGUCUGUCUAUGGGUUUCCUUCCACACAGCAUUUGGCGUAACUCACCAGGGCUUCCUGGACUACAUGAAAGCCAGGACAUUAUCAUUAGUGUCUAUUGUUUACAUAAAUCAGGCUUGCCCAGGAUUAGCACUUGGAAUAAUGAGCUAGUUUUCUGAACAGGGUAUUAAAUUAAUCUAAUCCUGUUUUACAACACAUCUUACAUUUUAAUUAUUUCCGUUAUAUAAGUAAAAAAAUAUUAGCGUCCGCUAUCAUUGUUUGUCAAUUGUUGACUGAACAGGAGCUGCUGUAAAGAUCAGCUGUCCUUCUGUGAAAAGAAACUAAGUUUUAAUACAAUGCAGAAAGCAAGGGAACAUUUGAUUUAAAUCAAAUGUUAAAGAGGAGCAAAGAGAAAAUGUAAUAAAAUCAAGCUUUUAGUUUUGCGAAAACAACAGAAAAUAGAUGAUCAUGUAUCUGAUGUAAAUUUGUUUGUAAAACAGAUAUGAAGCAGUAUAAGUGUCUGUGUAUAUCAUUUUUGAUUAUGGUUUUAUUUGUUUAAAGUGAAGCAAGACAGAGCUUGAUUUAUCAAUUGCUCUGGCUGGGGAUUGAAGAAAAUACUAUAUUGAUUUAUGAAUAAAACUCAACUGCCUUCAAACACA